AUGUUUCGUGAGUUGAAUCGGAUUCGUAAAGAAUAUUACGUUUGUGAUCAUGAACGACGUGAUUUACGCCUUCAGCUGGUUAUGCUUCGUGGUGAACUUGGUUUAGCUCAAUGUCAGCUUGCUGAAUUAAUGUCUGCGCAUCGAUGUAAUAAACAACGUAUACGAUCCUCUGCAGUUCCUGAUGUAAAUUACAGAUCAUUCGCAUUUACUAAGCAUAAAAAAAUGAAAACAGUAAGUUAUUUUCAUUUUAAAAAAAUCGGUUUCAGUAUUCAAUAA